GCAAAACACGUUACGUGUUCGAGACCGUCUAAAAAUAUAUUAGAUUUCGGAAUGAUUUAGCAACUAGUAUAUUGAAACCCUUCAGAGACAAAAGAAUCAAUUAUUUCCUUGAUUGCAAGAGAAAGUUGAGCCAGGAUUAAUCUACAUGAAGUGCAAGUCGAACUUUAUAUAUUUUUUGCAAUCAGUAUUGUUAUUUACACUACAAGAGUUAACCAGUGAGGCAGCUGGAGUUUUGUCUAGGAAUGGAGUUAUGCUUGAAGAAGUUCCUUUUGGAGAAACAGUUGUACUGAAAUGUAGGAGCAACAUUGGUGAUUACAAUUUCGAUUAUUGGUUAGUGAAUAACGGUGCCGAUAUCAUAGGACCAUCGAAUGAGGACUACGACAAUACGAGAUAUAAAUAUGAAGUUUUGUCAGGAAAUCUAACAGUAGUGAGUGUAUCACAACAAGAAGAAGGAUUGUACAGUUGUGUUUCUAAGGCAAUAAGAGGAAAUAACAUAAAAAUAGAGAGAGUCAAGAUGUUGGUACUACAAGUGGAUUUUGAAGAAGAAUACGAACAUAAUUCAUAUAUAAACACAAUCCGUAUUUUGAUCAUCCUAAUAACAUUGGUCUUACUAGGAAUAGGUGGCUACGUUGUAUUCAGAAUAUGGAGAGAUCGAUUUAAACAUCCAAGUUACCUAGAGCAAGAUGAUGAAGAAACCACUGAAGAAGUUUUUCGUUCGCCUGGUAGUUCAGGAAUAUCAAGAUCAAGAAGUCCAGUGAAGAUUAUUGUGGAUGAAAACACGAAAGAAACCGCUGGAAAUUCCAAUAUCAGCACUGAUUUCGGAAGUUUUCUAGAUCAUUCAUCAAAAAUAUAAUCACCAUACCACCAAACAAUAUAACAAAUCUUGAACUGAAAAUAUUUCGUUGCAUCAAAGCCCUGUGAUAUUGUUCAGAGAUGCAUCCUAUGAUAUUCAAUUAGUAUUAUACUGUAGCCUGAAUACAAUUCAUUUCUUUCUUU